UUUACUUUAAACGUGAUUACACCCUUGUAUGUGGUUGUUAGGUAGACAUCGAUUAAUUUAAAAAGAAAUUUCCAAUUACAUCUACAAAAUGGGGUGUAAGCCAUCCAUUGAUGUUCAUGUUGAAGCUGACGACAUUCAAGAUGGUGAUGUUGUUGGAUGCUUCUGCGGAGGAAUCUCUCAAGGGUGCAUGGGCCGACUGAAAAACUCACCUGUUCCGUAUAUCCUACGAGCGCCUUCUGGAAAGAAAAAAGAAAUCAUCAAGUAUUCAGAUAUAGAAAAGUUCAAGGAAAUUGAUGAUCAUGCUUUGAAUGUUCCAGGAUCAGCACUGAAGUCCAUUAAAAGCUUAACAAAAUAUCUGGUAGCAAUAUGUGAUACUGACAAAGAAAAAGUUCGAUCAUUCUUUGUAUGGAUAACAGCAAAUAUUUCGUAUGAAACAUCGAACAAUAAAGGUGGUGGUGAGUCCCUGACAGACCCAAAUACUGUCUUCCGCAGACGAGCAGGAGAUGCGGUAGGUUAUUGCAACCUGUUCGCAACAAUGUGCAAGAGUUCCGGUGUUCCUGUUGUGAAUCUAUCUGGUUUUGCCAAGCGCACGGAUCACGAUCCAGAAAUACCUUACACACCACAUGAUUCUCCCGAUCACGCAUGGAAUGCUGUCUUUGUUGACGACGAUUGGCGGUUUGUCGACUGCUGUUGGGGAGCUGGUUACGAAGAUGAGACUGGUUAUUGGGUAAGGAAAUAUGAAGAAUUCUGGUUCCUCACAGAUCCAGAUAAAUUCAUCAACGAUCAUUAUCCAUGGACAAGCUCUGAUAGAAAGAUCAACAAUAAUUGGCAGCUUCUGAAACAACCAAUCACUUUAGCUGAAUACAAUAAACUUGUCAAGCUCGAGGAAACUGCAAAGGAUUGGGGAUUAGAUUUUUCGCAUAAAGAGCCCAUUCUUAUAUUUAGAAAAGAAGUUCACAUAACCAUUACUGCCAGCAUUCUUGUUAGAAACAUAACAUGCGCAAUGGAGACCAUAGAUCAUGUGAAAAUGGAUGAUUACACGUUAGUUUAUCAAUUUGACACUCUAACAUACAGUGUCCAAGCCAGGCCUCCAUCCCCAGGAACCUAUGUACUUAGAAUUUACGGAAAGAAAGAUGGUGAGAUGUCACAGCCGGCGCAGUUAAUGGUUAAAUAUCUUCUUAAAUGCACAGAUGUCAACAACUACGUAAAGUCUCUGCCAUAUGUUUUUACACAUGCCCAAACUUACCAUGUUACCCUCCAUGAACCAAAUACUCGAGAGCUUCCAGCAAAGUCGAAAGUUAAAAUCCGUCUAUCUUCACAGUAUCUCCGACAAAUUAUGGUGGAAAACAUCCCUCUUGAAUGCGACGAAAACGGAACCUGGGAAGGCAAAAUUACAACACCACAGUCUGGAGAUGCGAUCGUUAUAUAUGGUAGUACUUCUGAUGAUGCAAAUGGAAAAUUUCAUUCACUUUACAAAUUUUACAUUGUCGAUAAAAAGCCAAAAUAGUUUGAGUUCUAUAACACAUUCGUAGAUAAAAAAAAUUGAUCAACUGUGAAAAUCAUAAAUGAAAUGAUCUGUU